AUGAAGCAACUGAUUAAAUUAGGUAUCACGCAUGUGCUGAGCGUAGGGAUCGAAUGCCCAAUCUUCCUGCCCCAUCCCAUUGAGAAUCUUCACAUUGCAUGCCUAGAUGUUCCGGAAAGCCCCCUUUCUGGUGCCCUCCGGGAAGCCAGGGAGUUUAUCAAUGAUGCGAGGCAAUCUGGACGCGUUCUAGUCCACUGCAAUGCAGGAAUAUCAAGAUCAACAGCCAUUAUCAUUGGCUAUUUGAUCCUGGAAGAUGGAAUACCCUUCACUGAAGCCCUGGAAAUGGUCAGAACCAAGAGACCUGCUGCCAAGCCCAACCCUGGCUUUGUAAAACAACUCCAGGAGCUCUCCAUUAAAAUUCUAGGUCACUGA